CCUGAGGACAUCACGUGUCUGUCCUCCACCUGGACAGAGACAGCUCUGAAUGAAUAAAUGUGUGUGUGUGUGCUGAAUGUCAAACCUGUGGCACAGUGUGUGUGUGUGUGCCACGCAUUGGUGAUGAUGGGUGGUUCGAACCCAGCGGAGCGAUAGGUCGCAUUUCUUAAUUUCCCCUUCAACGCCGCACCGAGGAGCCCCCUGCUCCUCCUCCUCCUCCCCCCUCUCCUCCCUCCUCCCACGCUCUUCCACUCCAGCUCUGGACACACGACGAGACCGCGGGACCUGCUGUGUUUCCCCCCCUCCCGCACACACACCUCCCGCCGUCCCCCGUUCACGCACGAGGAUUGAUCCAAUGUAUUAUUUACGACCGAAACUUCAGCAACUUAUCCACUGGAUAUGGCUCCCGGUUUGAGGAGUGGAUGCGCGGGUCGCCACAGAGCGGAGCCCGGCGGCGGCUGCGGCGGCUGCAGCGGCUGCACGGAGGAUGCUGCCGCAGGAGAGUGGAGGUGUUUGAGGGGCAGGUGUCGGGCAGGAGCCGCCGUGGAGCUCAGACACUGUCUCCUCACUGUGGGGAUGCUGUCGCUGCUUGUCCGGUGCGCGGUGGCCGCAGCUGAGGAAAAAUCCACCUAUGAUGCCUCUGGCUCCUCGUCUCUCCUGAGUGACCCCGCUGCCACAGCUGCUCCUGCUCACCCAUCGACUGGCCUGUCCGUGGCGGAGGAGGUGCCUUUCUUAGCCGCCCGCUCAGAUGGUGACUCAGAGCUGGCGGGAGGAGGUUUAUCAGGGCAGCCUGCCUUUUCGUCUGUCUUAACUGUCAUGGCGGGAACUGUCAAACAUCCUGUGAGCCUUGAUCAAAGUAGAACCUCGCCGACGAUCACCAAGGACGAGACCCACACCACCAAAUGGCCUUCACAUAGUUCCAGCGGCUCCGGCUCAGAGAUGUCUUCUUCUUCUUCGUCGUCUUAUGUGCGAGAUAGAAUCCCCGCCAGCUCAGGUCUGACUCCCAGCAUGCCUCACCAGCACACUUCACCACGUCAGGCUGUUACUUUGUCGUCCCCAUCACAUGUGUCCGUCUUCAUGGACGUAAAAAAGAAUGAGAAUGUCUCAUCCUUUUCAUCAUCAACAGCAUCACUGUCAUUAUUUCCAUCACCAGCUCCAUCAACCUCCUCCAUGUUAUUAUCUCUACUCUCUCUGUCACCUUCCACUGAGCUGAUGAACAAAGCUCCGUCCUCUCAGGGUCACAGGACUGUGUUCAGCGCUGCACGUCCAACAGAAUCCGUUACGUUCUCACCAGCAAUGCCUCUUAGUAGCACAGACAGUUCGACAGCAACUGCAGAACACACAACUCAUUCAGGACAGGGAUGGCGACGCACAUCAACCGAAUCAUCACACAUCAGCAAUAAAUUAGCAGAACAACAACUUUACGCAACCACUGAUAAAAUCCAUGGAGUUGCAUAUUCAAAAGUAAUGACGACACCGGCAAUCAGCUCAUACAGAACAUCGUAUUCUUCUUCUAACACUGUGCAUGAUCCUUUUAAGAUUUUAGUCAAACCCACUGAGAUGCACAACUCGGGUAUGAACUCUGUGUCAGCCAGUAAUUUGAAAAAUAGCACCUUGGUUCGCUCCAAUCAAGAGAGUCAAGCUGUUGAAAUGCAGCAGGAGUUGUCACAGGAGCCCACAUCAGCACUGUCGUCUGCCCCUCCUAAUGGCUCUUCCGUUUCCAGUGAUGUCGCACAGCAGAUGGUAGAUCGAACGGCACAUGCAGAAAAGACGGAUAGUCAGACUUUUGUUCACAAACGGGACGGACAUGCAGUCACAUCACGCACUGUAAAUCCAACUGUAUCACCAGCAAUGACUCUCAAACCCACUGCGUCUUUUUUAACAAUUUCCUCUGGUGCAAAAUCUCUCUCAGAAAGUGCAAUCACAAACCUGACGCCUAUCGACUCUGGCAUGGUGUCCUUGGAGCAUUCGUCUAAUCGUGGUGAUUUACGGAUGGCACCAGGUCAUGGCCACCCUGCAGUUUCUGUCAUCAAUAUAAAAAAUAAACUAGCGGGAGCUGAGCUUAAAUCUAUUUCCACCCAAGCUCACCAGAAUAACUCACUCUCGCACACGACGAAGACGCGGCCUGAGUCCACCGCUGGUUUGAUCGCCAGAGCGGGAACAACCUUCUUCACAACAGGGUCACUUAAUCUGCAGAGUAAUGUCACCGCAAACCUUCGACAAUUUGUUACACAGAAAACGUCGCCCCGUGGCAUAAUUCCGAAGCAUAUAGGAUGGACCGCGCUAAAAAUAUUCUCCUCUGACAGUGGGACUGUGUCUCUUUCUGGUACAGCGUUGCCAGCUGGGUCAGCAAAAUAUAUGACCUAUAAAAGUGUGCAUGGACAUUUUUCACAGCCCUCUCGACCUACAUACCCAUUGCCGUUGUUUCGCAGCCCGGAUCACAGCGCAGGUGAAGGCCUGACUGGCAGUAGUGAGGUUAAUUCUGCAGACCAAACUGAAGCGCCAUUAAUGUCUAAAAAACCUGUUCAAGCCACACCUUUUCUUAAUUUCCUCCAUGAAUUUUAUACAACAUCUGGUCUAAUGCCAUAUGACGAUAAAUCUCAGCAGACGCUGUCCUCAGGUGAAGUCUCUCCCUACGAUAAAAAAUCGGAGGGCGCCGGCCUCGGUAAACCUUUGACAUUCAAGGUGCAAACUAAUGCAGGGAAUAGUAAAUCGUCUCCGUCCUCCACUCUUCACAUGUUGUACGGAAAGAGCUCUGCAGAGACUUUAGUUUCUCCUUUAUUUAACAGAAAGGAAGAGUCUCCUCUAAUCAAAAGCACCUUGUUUUACACAUGGAGUGUUCCUUUAGGGCGGUCCACAACACAGUUCCCGUCUUUAAUGACUACAGAAGAUGCUUUAAUGAUGAAUAAAGGCUCAGAUGGUUCGAACAAAGCAUCUCCCACUGAACUCUCCCUUUCUCAAGUAACUUUUGAUGGUGGAUUAGGCGCUUCGAUAAGUCUUUCGCGAAAAGACGGUGUGACAGUGAUGGGCCCUCGUGAGAGGUCUUCUUCUUCUUGGUCAGAAAUCACCACAACACUGAGGACAAACUCCUCUCAGCGCGCUCAGGGACCCGCCGUCAUUGUGAGUAGUAAUAAAUCAAAGCUUUAUUUAGGCACAGAGACGGCCAGUCCCUCCACUGCUUCCUCUGCAGCAGCCACUUCCUCCAGUGAUGGACAAAACAGCAUUGAGACGGUGAGACCUAUUCUCAGCUUUGGCACAAAAUUAAUGGCGCCAUAUAAAAGGUGGAAAGCCACCAAGCCGGCGUCUUUUCAAAGCAGCACUUUUGACUCAGGAAUGACACCCAGUGGCUUUGAUAGGGCAAAUUCUAAUUUAAUACCAGAUGGCGCAUCAUAUGAACACCCAAACCUGGAAGACACACAAGAGCAUAGAAUGCAUAUAUUGAAUUCAAACGAUCCAACACUCGUCGCCAGUGAUCCCUAUUCAGUUCAUCCAACUGUUGGAGGAUAUCCAUCGCUUACAUAUGGUAAAGGAACAUCUGAUUAUAAAGAACAGAGCAUGACGUUGUCACUAGCUGCUUUAAAAUUUGGUGCUGCUGUCAGUUUACGGCAAAUAGUGACGGCAAACACUGGUGCUCCACCAGUUUGGGGUCCAGAUACAUCUGCUCCCCUCACUCACAUAUCUACUGACUCUGUAACUUCUUCACGAGACGCUCCGCUUGCAUUUGCAUACAGGAGCAUGGCCACGAGACCUCCAAACACACCUGUGCACAGUUUCACUGACACCGACCAUGUGCGUGACACAAGGGAUUCAGAACCGAACGAGUUCACCUCACCAAGAGAGCGGAUGCUAUCAUCAUCAGAUGCUUCUUCACCAUCACACUUCUCAGCUUUUCACCUCACCACCUCUAAAGCUUCAUCAUUACUGUCUCCAUCAUCAUCAUCAACAUCACGUUCAGCUGAUGUGACAUUGUCAUCCAAACCAACCGUCUUCUCUGCCAUUGAUUCAACUCCUCCACCACCCCCACCUGACUCCCUUUCAUCCAGUCUGAUUUUAACAGAUUCUGAGUGCCCUGAGUGUACGACUGACGUGUCUGUUGUCCUUACAGAGGCAGGGACAGGCGAGCCUAACACGGGCACGUCCAGAGCAGUUGCACUCCCUUUCCUCAAAGAAAAAGAGGUCCAUCUGUCCCCCUCUCAGUCAGCGAGAACAACACUUUCUGCUGGGCCCUCUGAAAGGACAUCUCAGGUACCGCCUCUGCGACCGGACACCACAACAGCCUAUGUGAAGCUCGCCUCCACAAGCGUAGCUUCAACCGCUACAACUAAAAACACAACCACCUCCAUGCCUUCCCUAAACGUUACCACUGGAAGCACGCAGUCCACCACCACUACCACACAACCGCCAGCACCCGUGACCAGGAGGGUUAUCACCACCACCACCACCACCACCACAAACACCAGGACUCAAACCAGCAGAAGAGCAUUCACUCCUCUGAUCUUCAGAACAAGCCCACCCAGGGCAGCCACGACUGCCUUCAUCUCCCCGUUCACCACCACCACAGAGGCUCCGCCGCAGCAGUGCAACAUCACAGAGAGACUGUGGGUGAAAACAGUCGUCUCGAUCUAUGUGAGAAGAAACAGGCUGGACAGCAUCCAGAGGCAGAACCUUCGCAGGGGACUCAGCCAGGGCCUCCGGAAAGCUCUGAAUGACACUUCUGCUCAAGCACAGGUGGAGACUGUGUUCGGCUCUCCCAACAUGACUGUGGCUUAUCACGUGACUGGAGGGGACAUGGUCUACUCCCCCUCAGUUGUGCUGGAAGGCUUGAACUCCUAUGGCCGUGAUAAGCUGAUUGCUGACCUGCGACAGUAUCUCCCCAUGGUAACAGCCCUGCCCCUCCCAGCUGCAUUAUGGAGACCCAGCGCAGCUACAGGCUUCCAGCUGAAAACAGUGCUGCAGUUUGUGGGAGCAGGUGAUAAUCCUCGCUCCUGUAGAUUCUCUCAGAUGAUGGAACGGCGGCUGGAGAAGGUGUUUUCAGAAGCGCAGGCCAAAGUGCUCAGCACUAACAGCAGGCUCUCUGUUCAGAUGCUGAGUGUCACCCAAGCAGCAGGCUCUCCUGCUGUGUCAUUGGUCUACACUGUGAGUAAUGGCACUGUCUUCCUUAAUGGCACCACUGCCUCGAAUCUCCUCGGUCAGCUGUCAGCUGAACUGGUCGGCUAUUUCCUCUUUUAUCCACCACUUAUCAUCGCUGAGCCACUGGAGUAUCACAAUCUGAACACCUCCGUUGCAACCCGAGACUUCUGGGUUAUUACAGUGAUCCAGGAUGUGGAUAACGUCAGCCUGGAGGGACAAUACCAGAGCUUUGCCAAUUUAAUGGAGCAGCGGCUGGCAGAGUUGUUUGUGUUGGCAGGCCAGCAGGGCACUCGCUUCAGACGAGCCACGGCCGUAGGAAGCUACACUGUCCAGAUGGUGAGCAUCCGGAGGGUGUCGGGGUUGAGGAAUCCCGCGGAAAUGACCUACUAUGUUCAGCAACAUGGUUUGCCUCUACUGGGGACGUCGGCUGCCAAGGUCCUGAACACGGUGGACUCUCAGACGAUCGCCCUCACCCUGGGAUACUUUGUCCAACUGCAAGCGGAACCUGUGGUCAAGAACCCUCCUAACAACCUCUGGAUCAUCGCUGCAGUGUUGGCCCCCAUCUCUGUUGUGACACUCAUCAUCAUCAUCAUCACAGCCGUGUUGUGCAGGAAGAACAAAAAUGACUUCAAAGCUGAUGCCAUCGGUAACCUCAACCCCCGGGCAAAGAUGGCGUAUCGCAGAGAUGUGGGCUAUUAUCACCAGCCAGUCCAGGGUUUUGACUAUGCCAAGCAGCACCUGGGCCAACAGGGAGGAGACGAGGAGACACUUCCCGUCAGUCAGGACACGUUAGUUAUGUCGCUACAAAUAAGGGACACGCCACUCUCACUGGAGAAGGCCUUGCAUCAAGAUGGAACCGCCCACAAGAAAAGCCUCAGCAAUGACAAACACAAGAGCAAGUUGCCGAGUGAGGAUGGUUCCGUCAUCAGCAACGAAUCAGAGAAGCUGAAUUCCGGCAGGGGCUUGACAGUGCCGAAAGUCACAGCACAGCAGAAACUGACAAAGGAGGAGACGCGCAAGAGGGACGAUCCAUAUGACACCUCCUCUGGCUCCCUGCAGCUCAUUUCCAUAAAGCCGGUGGCGGCUCAGCCAAGUUACUCGCACCCUGCAUCAUCUGACCGCAGCCAGGACUCAGCCAUAGUCAACGGAGAGGUGAACUUGGCUCUGAAGCAGAAGUCAGACAUCGAGCACUACAGGAACAAGCUGAGACUGAAGGCUAAGAGGAAGGGCUAUUACGACUUCCCGUCCACCGACGGCAGCAGCAGCAGCCGGGCGCUGGCGCAGAGGCAGCGGCACAGCCAUGAGAGGGCAGCCGGUGAGCAUGGCAGACCACUGGAGCCUGAUGAUGAGCGAGGUUCCACUUAUGUCAAGUCUCACAGGAGGCACUCCCAGGUAGGGCAGACGGCCUAUCGCAGCAGACAGAGUCUCAGCAGUCCCAGUCCUGGGGGGACGGAGAUGGACCUGCUUGUUAUGAGGGAGAGACCAAGGAGAGGCAUCCGCAACAGCGGCUAUGACACUGAGCCUGAGUUGAUUGAGGAGACGAACGUGGACCGCCUGAUGGGGCCGCGGGGGUACAUGUACGGCCGGGGCUUGAAAGGCCACUCGGAGACGUCCACCCUGAGCUCGCAGCCGUCGAUCGAUGAAGUGCGGCAGCAGAUGCACCUGCUGCUGGAGGAGGCGUUCAGCCUGGCGUCGGGGGGUCAGUCCACAUCUGGAAGGCAGUCCCACCACCACCAACUGCCUCCUGACCACUACAGCCCCGCACCGCCUCCCCUCCCUUAUGCAGACGUGGUGACCAGUGCCCCAGGCACGAUGAGCUGUGGGCGGGGAGGUCUGCAGUGGGUGCCAUCUUACGGUGCAGAUGUGUAUCAGUGCAGCCUGCCUAAACCAGCCUUUCGCUUCACGCAGCUUCCUGAGAUGGCUAUGGAUUCCCCUCCACCUUUACCUCCUCGCACCGGACCUCCUCCUGGGAAAUCCCUUAGACGUUCCACUUCUGAUUUGGGGCCUAAAGGACGGAUCUCAGACACGUCUCUCACUGGAAUGCAGAGUCACCAUGAUAGCAAUCCAUAUGGGCCAACAACCAGAGCAGCACUUCCAUCUAUCACUGCAGAGCAGCCUCUGUCCAACUACUCAGGAAACCCAAUAACAGCUGUCUAUGCCAUCCCAGCCUCCAGGUCUGGCUACUCAGAAUACUUUCUCUCCACACCACCGACCUCCUACCACAGUCCGUCAUGGAUGUCCUAUCCACCUGAACCUGAGGAUGUGCCACCGCAGUGGGCAGACUCUUUGCCCCUGCCUGGUUAUGUUGAGGCUUUUCCUCAUCCCCGCUAUCCACAGGGUAGCCCGACCAGGCUGCCCCUGGAGUAUAAGCAGGCUCUGGAGCAGCCUUAUGUUGCCCCAAGCACAGCAUCCCAGCAAAGCCUGCCACAUGUGGGGAAGGACAUGGACAGCAUGCCCCUGAGCAGCCUCUCCACCUCUGCACUCGUGCAGGCCAUUCGGCAGGAGGUGGCCAAGCUGGCGAAGAAACAGAAUGAAAUGUUUGAGUUUUAGUGUCUUCGGCAAAAAGGGAGGGAGGCACACAAAGGCAGUACUCAUCUGGACUCAUUUUUGAUGUUUGUACUGUAAACUGGACUUCUUUACCCCCUUAAUUACCCGCUGAUUGAUCUCUUUUCACAUUCGAUUGGUGUUUCUCAGCUGCUGAUUUGAAAGAAAAAAGAUUGUUUUUUUUUUGUUUUCUGUUUUUUUAGAAAAAAUAACACAACAAAUAUCCUCUACUGAUGAUGUCCCAAGUAACUACAUGCAUCCAUCCUUUGUAGAUUUGCCAACAAGAUAUGCUAAUAACGGAAAAUACAACGAUUUCCACGAUCAGACGUUUUUGUGAGCCGGCAUCGAUUGAGGAGAGAAAAAGGCAGUAGCAUUAUUGUCUGUACUGAGAGGACCAAAUACUCCCUGUCAGAUACUUAGUAUCAACCACAGUGUAUAUACAGUAUAAGGUAACCAUGUAUCUUAUCUCUUUUUAUAGACCAUUAUCUUCAUUUAGGUGGACCACAGUUUAUACCAAAUCAAACUACGACAUCGCUUUCCCACAACGCGUUGGUUUACUUUUAAAUCACACAUCGGCACUGUAACGGUAACCGACACUGACUCUCUUUGAUCAUCUAAUAUGUUUUUAACUGAUUAAUUAAUUAAAUAGAUUUAGACUGUAGUUCUCAUUAAUUAACAAACCAACUCAAUCCAUCAUAUUUGUCUAUUUAUGAUUAAGUGACAUGAAGUUUUUAUUGCAUUUUUUUUGUUUGGGUGCACAUAAGGUAGGUUUUUUUUUUUAUCUUUUUCUUUUAAGAAAGCCAUUUUCUUUUAGAAGUUAUGGUAGUUUUAUUGUAACAUGUAACAUGUCUUUACCACCAUACAUACAUACAUUUGUGUUCUCUUUAAGAAGAAAAUGACACAAUGUCUUUGGCUUUCAGUCCCAGAUGUUUUGAAGAUACAUUCAACCCCAGCAUCUAUAAAGGUGGACACAAUAUUUAUUUACCACACCCGGUGGCAUCAUAAUUGUCCUAACGAGUGCAUUCGCAGAUCAAACACGGAAUUCCUGUGGGUUUUUGAGCGACUCACAGGCCGUGUGUUGGUAUGACGGAGCUUUAAAUGAGUAAACAGUGGGAAUGCCUUACUGAGCGUCGAGUCAAUACGACUGUAGACGUCUGGUAGGAAUUGUUUCAGAAGCAGUGUGUUCAGUGUAAACAUAAGAAACAUCCUGUUUACUUUGGAUACAGUAAAAAAAGAAAUAAAUCCAUAAUUCUGUGUAACAUUGGUAAUACAUUCACAUUAUACCAUUAAAAUGAACUGUUUUUCCAAUGUUAUUCAAACAGUGGGAAUAAAGGAGUGUGCACUCAGUUUUUCUUUAAUAUGUUCUUUUAAUUAGAGCUCAUUGCACUUCACAGAAUUAUUAUUUUUUUGUUCUUGUUUCUUUCUUUUUGGUCCAGUGUAUAAGGUUUAGCUGAUCUCAUUUAAUACUGAAGUUUUUUUUUUUGCAUGUGCAGUCACCUGAUUGUAUGAGUCGUUGUUUUCAUUACCACAGAGUAAUGAGCCUUUAUAUUUACAUCAGAGGCCGCCGUGUUUGACCACCUUGUUUUUUAAUAGACAAUAAUUAAAUUAUAACUGAAGGCUUGUAGUUCUCCUACAACAUACAUGGAAGGGAAGGGAAGGGAAGGGAAGGGAAGGAUGGGGUGACCAACAGGUGUGUGAGUCCUACACACUGUAACUUUAAUUGAUCACAAAGCAGGACAUUAAUCUAAAACAACGCAAUACGACAAACUCAUUAAUCGUUACAUGUAAUUAAUUUAUAUUUCUUGGGAAAAGACUCAUUUUCACUGUGGAAUAAAAGCCCCCAGCAGGUUUUGGUAAACUCUUCACACAGACUUGAACAAAAGAACAGAUGCUGCAAUAAAUGGUGAGAUGCUGUACGUUGCUUAUUAUUAGCAUCGCAAAUUAUACGUACUUGCUUUGUUAAUAACAAUUUCAAUCCCUUAUGUCUUUGGGCAGUUGUCUUGGAGGAAAGAGCUAUGAGUGACAAUGCCUUUAAUAUCAUUUUCAUAAAGACUUUUGAACAAACCCUC